CACUUCUAGAAGAAGGGUUAAGCUCUCCCGGACGCAGCACGCGGUCGGGUCGGGUCGCGUAGAGUCAGGAAGGAAGCUCAGAGCCCAGCCAGCGGGCGGCGGGGCUGGAGCGCGCCGGGGAGGCGGGGCCGGCGGCGGAAGCGGCGCACUGGUCACGCGCGGCGACUGAGGCUCGGCGCCGUCCUACCCCGCCGCCAUCCGCGCGCGCAGGUGGCUUCCACGCAAACCGCCGAGCGGCCGAGGUGGCUGCAAGCUCGAGGCGGGCCCCGGGUGGCGCCGCCGCCCGGCCGCCCCUGGCUCCCGGCCCCGCCUCCCGCGGACGCUGAUCCCCUUGCUGUUUUCCCCGGGGGGCCCACAGCGAGUCCCUCGGUUUUACCCCUCGGCCCACCCCCUCGUCUCACGUGGCUCUGGGCCACUCCACGCUAGAACCCGCGCGGAACCUCACAGGGAGUGCCAGUGGCGGCGCCUGCCCCACACUGCGCUGUGCCUCCUGGACGAGCCUCUGCGGCCCUAAAAGUGCUAACGGUGGUGCGUGCGCCGGACGCAGAAGGAAAUCACCAUGUCUUCUUGCCGAGUGGGGCUCCGUUUGGCUGCCUGUUUAUUAAACAUUUCAGAAGCCAGAAAAAAGUACGUUGUUGAGAACAUAGCAAAAGCUGCUCUUCUUGAAAGAAAUGGACAGAGACAUCCUGAAGUAUCAGUGCUCAAUAUAUUUUCUGAUCCAGAGUACAAUAGAUCAGUCAUUACAAUAGCAGCUUCUAUUGAUGAGCUAGGCAAUUCCGUUCUGGCUGCCUGCUUGGAAGCCUUCCAGUCUAUCGAUAUGGAGAUUCAGGAGGGGAUCCAUCCUUGCCUGGGAGCAGUGGACCUGAUUCCCAUUUACCCUCUUUCUGGUGUCGGAGUGGAAGAGUGUGGAGCUGUGGCCAGAAGCCUCGCUGAGAAUCUGGUCCUCAGUGUUCCUGGCUGCAGUGUGUUUCUCUUUGGUGAGGCCGAUCUGCCUGAGAAGCGCCCCCUUGUCCAGAGAAGGAAGCAGCUGGGCUGGUUCACAAGGAGGGAUUUCAGCACUCUUAAACCUGACCUGGGACCUGCACCUGCCAGAAGAUGUGGUUUGACAGGCAUCGGCGCUAGCCCAUACGUGAUGAACUGCAAUGUUACCAUAGAUUCUCAAGACUUGGCUCUGGGAAAAGAAAUCGCUAGUGCCAUUCGGGGCUCGAAUGUGAAUGGACUGAAGGGCGUCCAAACAAUGGCUUUUCCUCAUGAAGGGAAAAUUGAGAUAGCUUGCAAUGUAGAGAGUUUUGAAGAUCAAGAAGUUACAGAAACCUCCGAAGGCUCUCAAUACAUGGCUUACAGUGUCCUUGGGGACCAUUUUUAUUAUGUAUCUCCUCAUUACAUAGAAGCUCAAGUUAAAAAAUUGGCAAGUGAUCGAGGAAUUGGUACGAUAGGGAGAGCAUUAAUUGGAUUUACACCCCAAGAGUGCAAGAGCUGUGCUGAGUAUGCAAUAAAAGAAAGUAUUGGGGAGUUCUGGAAGAUACGGGAAGGUGUUUUCAUGUGAUCCAAUCUAAGGUUUCGUUAAAAUUGUAAGAAAAAAAUAUCAGCCAUUGUGAACUUUUCUUAUUGGCCUGUGAAGACAAGGAGAAGACCCAAGAGCUUGGUUCCAUGUGUGAAUUGGAAAACUAGAAGCCUUCUCUGUCCAACGACAGCAAUAGGUGUUUAUAGAUUGUAAUUGCCUUAUGAUAUUUCUAGUCAUCACUGAAACUUUGUGAAAUCUUCCUCUGUAUCAAGUUCUUGCACUUGGGUGUACUAGAAGCCCCCCUGAAUGAACUGGAUAAAAUGGCCAUAGUUACGGAAUCAUCUUUGAUUAUCAUGAACUAAACUAAAAACAGACUCCAUUUAUUUGGUGUUCCUGAGCUCUUUAUUCCAAACUCCUGUAUUCAACUCUCAUUUUCUGAGUAAUCAUUUUUUUUAAUGUGUACUUUUAAAAAUCAAGUACUAAGUAACUAAAAAAUGGGGAGAAUUAUAAACUAAAAUUAUCAAAUAAAAGACUAAUCAUGUUCUUUUGUUAUUUCUUGUCUUGUUUAGGAUGACCUACUGUUCAUUCUGGAGAUAAUUCCAAAAGCCAGAUUUGUCUAAUUUUUUUAUGUUUAUGUGGGGAUGUGGAAUGGCGGUGUUGGGCAUGACUUCAAGGGAUUAUGUUUAUCCUUUUUGGAAUUUAAAUGUAAGUCUGCAGGUUUAGGGAAUUUAUUACUCUUGAGUGAAGUGAAGGGUAUUGGUGGAAGAAUUUUAUUUGAAAGAAAUCAAAAUAUGUUGCCUCUUUGUGAACUGAAAGAAGCUGCUUGCUAAUUCUGGCGAUUUUAUGUAAAUCCUUAGUGCUUAUGUUUUUUAGUACAAGGUGUUUUUCUAUCCAUAAAACACAAUGAAAUAAAAUUUUCCAUAGAUUUUGUUUAGCAAAUAAAUUGUGGUUUUGGCUAAUAAGAGCACAUAAU